UGUGUGAGUGACUCACUGAGUGACUGAGCUGAGUGUGUAAACUUCAAUUCUCCACAAAACACAAUAACAAUGGCCGCUCAGACAAUGCUGCUGACUGGUAGUAGUAGCCAUGUUGUCAAGGGGGAGACAAACACAUUGCUUAUUCAGAAGCUAAAGCCAAUGCCCUUAUCUCAAUUUCUCUUUCCCCAAAGAACCAAUCACUCUUCUUUUUCUUCUUCAUCUGCUUCUAUUGUUUCUCUUUUCAAACCUAAAACCAAGGCCCCUCCUAAGAAGGCGGCACCGGUUGUGAAGGAAAAAUCAAAGGUCGAAGACGGGAUUUUCGGCACAUCUGGAGGAAUCGGUUUCACUAAGCAAAACGAGCUCUUUGUCGGCCGUGUUGCCAUGAUUGGUUUUGCGGCAUCUCUAUUGGGAGAAGCGUUAACCGGAAAAGGAAUCCUAGCUCAACUAAACCUAGAAACCGGGAUUCCGAUUUACGAAGCAGAGCCACUACUACUAUUCUUCAUACUUUUCACCCUACUCGGAGCCAUCGGAGCUUUAGGAGACCGUGGACGCUUUGUGGACGAAGAACCCGCCGGGCUUGGAAAAGCCGUUAUUGCCCCUGGUAAAGGUUUCAGGGCUGCUUUAGGCCUUGGAGAAGGAGGGCCGUUGUUAGGAUUUACGAAAUCGAACGAGCUGUUUGUCGGAAGAUUGGCUCAACUCGGGAUUGCUUUUUCCAUAAUUGGGGAAAUUAUUACCGGGAAGGGAGGGUUAGCGCAGUUGAACAUCGAGACAGGUGUCCCGAUCAAUGAACUCGAACCACUUUUGUUGUUCAACGUUGCCUUCUUCUUCUUUGCUGCCAUUAAUCCCGGGUCUGGUAAGUUCGUUACCGAUGACGAAGAUUAGAUGUAAUGUGUGUGUAUAUGUAAGUAUUUGAUUUUUUUUUUAAUUUCUGUUUUUCUAGUUAUGUAUUUGUAUGAAACUACUUUUGAGUGAUUUGUUAGUGGAUGAUGAAAUAUUUAUCUCGUUAAUUAUUAAUUUAUGAA